AUGGCAAUCGAAUAUAAAAACUUUAUAGAUUCACUUUCGAUUUCUAUAGAAGCAAAAACGUUUUUUGUACGUGAUCUUGAAGAGAAUUGGAUAAGUCAAGAGUGGAUUCUUGGUUUUAUAAAUGGUGGACGUUUAUCAAAUCAUGAAGAUGGAACUAAUGUAAAGCCAUGGACCACUAAUAAUUUUACUGAGCAGAUGAAUAAAACUAUUGAGGAGCAUUAUUUGGGCACCCAAACAGUGUUAACUUUUAUUGAACGAAUUUAUGGCAUCAAAGUUGUUCACUCAAACCUUAUCAAUAAUUGUGUACGUCGUAUUAACCAAGGAAAAUUAAAAGUAUUACAAAACUAUGUUAUUGAAGUUCUAGAUAAUCCAAACUUAUUUUAUGUAC